CAGGUCUUCCUUUACUCCGUACACUUCCAACUAUUAAUUUCACCAUAAAACAAAGCAUACUAGACAGAAACAAACAACAAAAUGGCCGACACAGAACCCCUUUACCUCUACAAGCUCGUCCCAUCCUCCAGUCCAGUCCGAGAACCGCUCCUCGAAAGACUCGAGGUCAGCGAAAUCGACCAGAAUUCCGGUUUCAUCCAUCUAUCGACAGCAUUCCAAGUACCGGGUACUCUCAAUGCCUUCUUCCAGGAUGAGCCGCUGGUUUAUGUUUUGCGGAUUCCAUAUGGGUCUAUAGAGCAGGAUGUCCGGUGGGAGCCUCCGGAGGGUAAGGGUGGUCCUCGGCCUGAUGAGGGUUUGUUUCCGCACCUCUUUAAUGGACUCAAGCUUGGCAGGGAUGAGGUGGAAAGUGUUGCAAUUUGGACGAACCAAGGCGGGUGGGAGACAGCGCUCACGCAGGCUAGGCCGUGGUUGUUAUACUAAAGAUUUGAGCAUGUUCAUUGCUUGAAGUCUUGUAUAUUAUGUUCCUUCGUGUUUCUACAUGACUGACAUCAUUAUAGCUGCAUUUAGACGCAAAAGAGAUUUAUGAUUCAUAAAUUAUUACAGGUGUUCAUUUGUUUAAUCCUAGUUUCC